ACAGUGAAGGUACAGUGGUCACUCAGGAACAUCGUCCUCCUCCUCUUCAUCCUCCUGCUGUGUCCACACACAUUCUUCUUCUCCAGGUCCACCACGAUGGGUCGACGACUACUUCACAGUGCAGUGAUCCUUUGGCUGGUGCAGACAGUGUGUGCACACGGUUACGGUGCUGUAUCUGGAGGUUCCACUGGACAAGGGCCACGACCUAACGGACACAAUCCCCAGAAUGGUGGAGGUGUAGGCAGAAUGCUGAUGCCAUCAAAGGGUGUGGGUCACACGAUGGGUCCACAGAAUGGAUAUGGUGGAUACCCUUCAAAAGGCACAGGUUAUGGGCCAACAGCUGGAGUUUCAGGUCCAAAUGGAGCCAAAGCAAACGGCUAUGGAGCAGCAGCUGGUGUGGCACAUGGCAGAUCGAUGAAAGGAUAUGGUGGUCAGGCUGGUCAAGGCCAUGGACAUCAAAUGAAAGGCAACGGUUAUGGUGCUCAAGCUGGUGGAUUUGGUGGAAAAGCAACUAAAGGCCUUGGUUAUGGUGGUGCAGGUGUUCUGGGUGGAAAUGGAGCCAAUGGUCACAGUGCUGCUGCAACAAAAGGUCAGGGAGCAGCAGCUGGUCAGCCCAGUGGCAAUGGAGCGAGAGCAAAUGGACAGGGAGGAGUUGGAGGUAAACCCAUGAAGGGGUAUGGUCGUCCAUCUUAUGGAGCAGUUUCAGGCCCAGGUGUGGGAGUGGGACCCUCCAGAGGUCUGGGAGUACCUCAGCUCACCAGGAACCAAGGGAGGGCAUACAACAAUAAUGGUUAUAAUGGUUAUGGAGCUCAGCCAAUGGGAGGCUACAAUGGUGGUUACGGUCAUGCUGGUUCAAGUCUGGGACCUCGUUAUGGAAAUGGAGGAAUGAAGGGACCAAAGCACGGUUCAAGUGGUGUAGCUGGAGUUCCCAAUGGACAUGGUGUGAAAACCAAUGGUUAUGCUGGAGCCAGAGCUUCUGUUGGACAUGGAGCCAUUCCAAACGGACACGGAUACCCACAUGGUGGCGCUACCAAGCCGGCAAAUACAGGCUAUGGCAGCUUUCCCAAUGGUUAUGGCAACAAACCUAAAGGAUAUGGAGCCUCCAGAGGAGGUGCGGUGAGACCCCAACCAGGUUUUGGAAAUGGAGCUGUUCACUCUGGAUAUGGCGGUAAACCCAGUGGUCAUGGAGUUAGAAAUGGUGCUGUAUUGGGUGGAUAUGGAGGAAACAGAGGAGGCUCAAAACCUCAAACUACCAAAGGAGUCGGGGCUCUGUUACCCAGCCAAGGUGCUAAAAUACCCGGUACUGGAUAUGGUGGUCCUGCUGGUGGACCCACUGGUCAGCUGGCCAAAGCAGCUAAUGCUGGUUACGGCAUGAUGCCAAAUGGGAAGAGUACAAUGGGUGCAGGUGCUACCAAUGGGAAAGGCCUAAAAGGUGGAGUUUUCUCUCCUGCUCAGCCAAGUGCAGCACCACAGGAGGCUGUUAUCCUGCAGCAAGCAAUGAUUCAAGGCGCACUGUCUGGUCUGCCUGUCGCUCCUGAGAUGACACAGGAGAAAAAUCAAAAGCUGCCGUUUGCUCUGCCUCAAGGAAAAAGCUACAAACAGACACCGCUGAACCUUCAGGGUAUACCAGAGCCAGCACCAGCAUUCUCUCAUGGAACUGACCCACUGGCUGCACUCGAAUCCAUACCAGAACCUGGUCUUAUGGGCCCCCAGGGAAAGGGUCUGAAGUUGUCCACACCUGUAUCUGCACCAGUGGUUCCCCAGAGUAAUCCAGAACCAGAACCAGCAAGUAACCAAGGUUAUGUGACUGGAAGCGCUGUGCCUGAGCAAAUAGGCCCAGAGACAGACGUUGUGUUUGGUGUAGACAGCACCGCUGAGGCGGGUGUUUCCACUGAAAACAUCAAAGCUGAUCCUGAAACAGUGUCAGCGAACAUCGCAGCGCGUCUCAUACCUGAGGAGACACUGACUGUGGCUGUGCCUGAACCAAAGGAGACAGACAUCCAGAGUCAGCCUGAGGCAGCGCCUCCUCACAGCCUCGGGGUCAAUGGUCUCCAUGCAGAACAAACUGGGGCAACUGAGAACAGGGAAGCUUCACUCUCCAAAGGACAAGGAGCUAAAUCAGCUAAACCUGACUGUGGACCAUCAGGAAUACCAAAUGGACAAUGGAUGAAAUUACCUGGACCAGACUACAAUGCAGGUGCUGGAGGAUCCACUGGCAUGCAGACCAAAGGAUAUGGUGCCAGUGCAGGAGGAUUUUCAAAUGGAGGAGGAGCUAAAGCAAACAAACCAGGUUAUGGCACAGGAGGCUACGCUGUCCCUGGACUCAGCCAUGGCUAUGGAGCUGGUCUUAGAUAUGCUUAUGCAGGAAACCCUAAACAGCCUGGUUACGGUCAAGGAGCAUUCCUUGGAGCUGGAUAUGGAAAUCCAUAUGGAGGAAAUGCAGAUGUGGGCGAAGCAUCUAAAUCAGGCUUUGGAAAUGGCUAUAUUGCUGGUGUUCAGCCUGACUAUGCAAGUCUGGGUCAAGGUGUCCCCGCUGCUGAUGCCCAGUCAGGUGUUGCUGCACAGGUCCCUUACAAUGGAGCACCAAUCGUUCCUGCAGGACUAGAUGGCGCUAGCCAGUUUGAACUCCAGUCUGCCGGCCUUGUUCCAAAUGGAAAAUUGGGCGGCAUGUAUGGUGGAAUGGGCGGUGUACCUUUUGGUGGUCAGACACUUGGAAUGGGUGCAGAGAAGUCAAGUAAGAAAUAUGGCAUUGGUGGUUUGCAAUUUGGGGCACAACCCCUCACUCCAGGAACUCCUGGAGCCGGGAAGUAUGGAUAUGGUGCAGGAGCAUAUGGACCCACAGGAUAUAACGGGUUCCCCAGCAAUGGGCAGCUUCUGGGUCAUGGCAGUACUGGUCAUAUACCUGGUAAAUAUGGUUAUGGACAGAUGCUUUAUGAAGCUCAACAAGCUGGGCGGAGUCCUGAAGCCAAGUCUGCUGGCAAAUAUGGUCUGGCUGGUUCACCGUAUCAGCCUGAAACUCUCGGACUUGGACAAACUGGACAGUUAGCGGGCGACUAUGAAAACCAGGGACUGCAUCACUCACAGCCUCUUGAAUCUGCACCUGAAGCCACAGCUGGUGUAGAAUAUGAUGCAGCUGGUUUGCCAUAUGAGUCUCUGCCGUCUGAGCUCCAUUCACCUGGAAAAUCCUAUGUGAAGAAACAGCUACUGACUCCAGCAGCUGCACGAGAAAGUGAGGGACUCUCUGUGGAUAGAUAUGAUAACGUGGACUACAUUAAUGGACACGUGCAGCCCCAAGUUGUCGCAUAUCCUGCAGCUACCACUCCCAGCCCCACCCUGGUCUCUGCCCCCUCCCUCACCGAUGACGCGGUGCCCAGAGUAGGUGUUGAAGACUUGCCCGGAAACACGGGCCCGGUCAACCUCAGCCUUGACUCCGCCCCCGCCACAGAGACGCAGGGCGUGGUUCAGGUGGCAGAAGAACCUGACGACCUGCUACAAGAGCAGCUUCCGAGGCAGAUACACAUUCAACAGCAGCUCAAGCUGCACUUUCACCCACAAGGAGCAAAGAACAGCAAACAUGAUCUGAGCAGUUUCUUUGGAAACAGUGGUUUUCAAGGUUAACCAAACUGCCAACCACACAUAUAAUGUCUUUCUCUGCCACUGUAUAUUAUUAUUUUUGAUUGUUUCUUAAUGUUGUUUUAUUUUUCCUUGUAAGUGUAAAAGUAUAUAUAAUCACAGUUGUACAACAUUUAAACAUGAUGUUAGGGUUUUUGUAGUGUUUCCUUUUUGUUCAUGCAGGGAUUUUGUUGUUGGAGUGUGAAGGAGACACUUCACUUAUUUCUAUAAAAUGUAUUUCACUCUAAUUUAUUUUGCAUGGUAAAUGUUUUUGUACCACUUCUAUUGUAUAGGAUUUGAUUAAUUAAAACCAUCAAAUAAUCCCAA